AUGAGUGGGGAGGAUAUCACCAACAUUCGUGAAUACGCCAAUGGACUAGAGGUGGAGUAUGGAUCAGCACCAGUCAGGUGGUACGACGAGUACCUGAAUGAGACUGAUCGAAGUCACCUUCAGAAGAAUCCAAACAACUUGGUCCAAUCUGCCUUUAUGAUCAGGGUCACCAGAAGUGGAAUACUCCUUUUCAGGGACGAAACAAACUUCAUCAACAGAAAGAGAAUCCACGUCAAGAAGUACGCAGUUGAUGGGAACGUGCUGUACCUGAUGGAGAGGGAUAGAAUGGUGUGCAUGGUGAUGAAGUGA